CAAUUACAUCAGAUCGCUAACGCCAUCUAACGGAAAUGAAGUUAACUUUUCGAUUGUCAUUUAGUGGGGAUGAAAUUGUUUGAGCGCCGUUUGUUUUGGUACGGUGUUUUGAGCACGGACGCGUUUUAAAGUUUUUCCUAUUUAGCCGGCCGGUCGAUUGUGAUUGUAGUAAAAUAUUAUUUGAUUAUUCGCGUUGUGCAGUUUAGACGAUGGCGCCACAAGACGAAAAUCAAUCGCAGGAUAAACCCGUCUUGAAGGGAGCGAUUACGAUUUCGCAAAUAAACGCGGACGAAAUAACAUUCCUUGCGAACCGAUUUUGGGCACCGGAUACGGCAAACGCUCACGAGGCGUACAAUGCACAGAUCAUAGAAGAUAUCUACCGGAAAGAGAUAUGCGAUACGCGUCAUUCGUUGCGCCGGAUCAUGAUGCUGGAGUUUAGCCAGUACCUGGAAAAUUAUCUGUGGCCCAACUUUGACGGGCAAGGUGCAAGUCGUGCGCACCUAAUGUCGAUAGUGGCGAUGGUGAAUGAAAAGUUUCGUGAAAAGGUGGAAGUGUGGAAAGUGUUCGAAAAUAACGGUGAGCUGUUUGUGCAAUUUUUCCAGCGCGUGCUGGAAGCGUGCAUCGAAGAGUGUCCCGUGACACCGGCAACAAUGCGUGAACAGACGGCAUUGCUGGUGUUUUUGAAUCAUUGUUUUAACAGCAUGGAGGUGGAAAUAUGUCGCAACCAGGCAAAGCGGCUUGUCUCGCUAACUAUGUGGGCCUGUCUGCAGCCGAAGCGCCGCGAACAAGAGCUGAACCAGAUACCGGAAUGGCGCAAAUUUUGGAAAAAGCUCCAAAAAAAGGAUAAACCGGAGCAGAGCGAAAAGCUUCAAUGGGAGCGUCACUUUUUGCAAAAUUUAAUGAUCAAAUUUAUACGCAUUCUUGAGACCAUUCCGGUGGACGGUCCAGUAUGCGAGGAAACGGUACGAUACUGUGAAAGGUUCAUAGAGUUUUUAAUCGAUUUGGAAGCGCUAUUACCGACGAGAAGAUUCUUCAAUACCGUCAUGGACGACUGUCACGUUGUCGUACGUUGUUCCUUAUCGUCGUUGGUUCGUCGCGAAGAAGGCAAUCUUUUUUCUCAGCUGCUGGAUAUGCUUAAGUUCUACGCCCGCUUCGAGAUAAACGAUAAAACGGGGGAUCCACUGACUGACCACGAUAUGACACAACUGCACUACGCCAAAAUCAAAUCCCUCCAGAAGGCAGCAUUCGCCAAGUUCCCCAAUCUGCGUCUGUUUGCGCUGUCUAACGUAGCGAACGUUGAUACGCGUGAAUCGCUCGAGAAGCACUUUGGUGCACUGGAUUGUGCCAGCUUGCGGGAAAUUGCCUGCUAUCUAAAUCUGGUCCCGGAGAAGCUGCAGGCCCCGUUCGAGUGGCACCGGACGGAUGAAACGUUCCUGCGGGAGCUACUAAUCUCGCGGCACGAACGACGCGUGUCUCAGCUGGAGUCAUUGAACGAGAUGCCCCUCUAUCCGACCGAGGAUGUCAUCUGGAACGAAAACAUCGUCCCGACAGAGUUCUACUCGGGUGAAGGGUGUUUGGCACUGCCGAAGCUGAACUUGCAGUUCCUAACGCUGCACGAUUAUCUGUUGCGAAACUUUAAUCUCUUUCGACUGGAGUCGACGUAUGAAAUCCGGCAAGAUAUUGAAGAUGCCGUCAGUCGAAUGCUGCCCUGGAAAUCGGAGGAUGGAGACGUUGUGUUUGGCGGUUGGGCCCGUAUGGCUCUUCCCAUCCAGUCGUUCGCUGUAGUGGAAGUGUCCAAGCCACACAUUGGCGAAAAGAAACCGUCACGCGUACGGGCGGACGUCAGUGUAACGCUCAAUGUACGCAAGGAAGUGCAGGAAGAAUGGGAAAAUCUGCGCAAGCAUGAUGUAUGCUUUCUGGUGACGGUACGACCGACUCAACCGAUCGGUACCAAGUACGACUAUCGUGAGCACUUUGUACCACAGGUCGGAUUGGUGCAUGUGCGCGGUUGUGAGAUCGAGGGAAUGCUCGAUGCAAAUGGGCGCGUCAUUGAGGAUGGUAUUGAGCAACGACCGCAGCUGACUGGGGAACAACGAACGUUCCGCGUGUGGCUCGAUUCGAACCAGUAUCGGUUGGAUAUGGAUGCUACGUUACAGGCCGGUGCGGGCGAGGAAGACGAUGGCAAGGAGGAUGUGUACGAGGGAUUUAACAUUAUCAUGCGCCGCAAGCCGAAGGAAAACAACUUCAAGGCAGUGCUGGAAACGAUCCGACAUCUGAUGAAUACGGAGUGCGUCGUACCACCGUGGCUGCACGAUAUUCUGCUCGGAUACGGUGAUCCCGGUGCGGCUCACUACAGUCGCAUGCCGGAUCAGGCACGGGUGCUGGAUUUCAAUGACACCUUUCUGAACUACGAGCAUGUGGCGGGUAGUUUCCCGUCGUACGAGAUCGUGGCGGCGGAGCAGGAAGGAACUUCGACGCUUCAGCCACCGUUCCGGCUUACGUUUGAAGAUGUACCGAAGGAAAACGAUUCUGACUCAGAUACGGAAAGCAAAGAGCCCGAAGGUGAGCUACCAAAACGGAUUCGCGUGGAACCGUAUCGCAUACCGAGCCGUGGUCCGUACAAAUACAACGAGCCGAAGAAGAAUGCGAUCCGCUUUACACCGACACAGAUCGAGGCGAUCCGUGCGGGAAUGCAGCCAGGUUUAACGCUCGUAGUCGGUCCACCCGGUACGGGCAAAACGGAUGUUGCCGUGCAGAUAAUCUCCAACCUGUACCACAACCACCCGCAGCAGCGUACACUGAUUGUGACGCAUUCGAAUCAAGCGUUAAAUCAACUGUUCGAGAAGAUCAUGGCGCUCGACAUUGACGAGCGGCAUCUGUUGCGUUUGGGUCAUGGUGAGGAAUCGCUCGAAACGGAGAAAGAUUACAGCCGGUACGGUCGGGUGAAUUAUGUGCUUUCGAAGCGCAUUGAUUUGCUGGGACAGGUGCAACGGUUGCAAGAGUCGCUCGGUGUUAGUGGUGAUGUGGCAUACACUUGUGAAACGGCCGGUCACUUCUAUCUAUAUCACGUGGUGGCAAGGUGGGAGAAAUUUUUGAGCGAGUUCGAAUGUGAAGGUGGCACUAGUGUCGGUGCGGAAGGUAAUCCAGCACGGGAACAUUUCGAGCAACAGUUCCCGUUUGUACGGUUCUUCAAGGAUGCUCCGCAACCGUUGUUCGGUGGUGCGACUUACGAAGAGAACAUGUACAUUGCGCGCAGCUGCUUCCGAUACAUCUCGCACAUGUUCGCCGAGCUGGAGGAGUUCCGUGCAUUCGAGCUGCUGCGCAGUGGGCUGGAUCGCUCGAAGUAUUUGCUGGUGAAGGAGGCAAAGAUCAUCGCCAUGACGUGUACGCAUGCGGCACUCAAGCGGAAGGAGCUGGUCACUAUGGGCUUCAAGUACGAUAACAUCCUGAUGGAGGAGUCGGCACAGAUACUGGAGAUCGAGACGUUCAUUCCACUGUUGCUGCAGAACCCUAUGGAUGGGUACAAUCGGCUGAAGCGUUGGAUUAUGAUCGGUGAUCAUCACCAGCUGCCGCCCGUCAUUAAGAACAUGGCGUUCCAGAAGUACUCCAACAUGGAACAGUCGUUGUUUACGCGUCUGGUGCGCCUCGGUGUGCCAACGAUCGAUCUCGACGGACAGGGUCGUGCACGGUCGAGCAUUUGUGAGCUGUAUAAGUGGCGCUACAGUCGUCUGGGAGAUCUGGAGCACGUGCACAAAUGGCCCGAGUACUGUCGUGCCAAUGCCGGUUUCGCAUUCGAGUAUCAACUGAUCAACGUGGAGGACUUUAAUGGUGUGGGCGAAUCGGAACCGAAUCCGUACUUUUAUCAGAAUCUGGCCGAAGCAGAGUAUGUGGUGGCGGUGUUUAUGUACAUGCGGCUGCUUGGUUAUCCAGCGGAGAAGAUUUCCAUCCUCACCACGUACAACGGUCAGAAGCAUCUGAUCCGCGAUGUGAUUGAGUCGCGUUGCGCCACCAACCCGAUGUUUGGCAAACCGCAUAAAGUGACCACCGUCGACAAGUACCAGGGUCAGCAGAACGACUACAUACUGCUGUCCCUUGUGCGUACGAAAACUAUCGGUCACAUCCGGGACGUGCGUCGUCUCGUGGUGGCGAUGAGCCGUGCCCGUCUUGGGCUGUACAUUUUCGGACGUGUGGGUCUAUUUAAGAACUGCGUCGAAUUGCGACCAGCAUUCCGUUUACUUAUGAACCGACCGCUCGAGUUGCAGUUAAAACCGGCAGAGAAAUAUCCUGGCGAUCGUGUGCUCAACAUUGGCAGCAAUGCGUCCGAUCCAUCCUCGUCCGAAUCAUCGCUACGAUCGGUAAAGGAUAUGACGGAGAUGGCACAGUUCGUGUACCAAAUGUACAUGCAGCAGGUGAACGUUAUUCGCGAUGAAAUGGAAAAAAUGAAAACACUGUUCGAGAAGCAACGGCAGGAACAGCAGCAGGAAAAGAUGGAUGAACAAAUCAAGCAGGCCGAUGCGGAAGCGGAGGAAGCGGAAAAGCAACGUCUGGCGGAAGCGGUGGCAAAGAAAGAUUUUAAACCUACUCCAAUUCGUAACGAAAUAGGCGAUUUGGUUGAACCGAUGGAAACAGCACAACUGGUGGUGCCGCCGGUGCGUCGUGGUAAAAAACGGGGAACUGUAGAGGAAUCGGAAACUGUUCCACCAGCAUCAGCAACGGAAGAGACUGAGGUGGUGGCUACCGGUGAGGAUACGGAAAAGGAAGCAUUGGAUACGCCUGCCGAUGAACCGAUGUCAGAAGACAAGGAGAAAGAGGAUUAAUGAUGAGAAUAGUAGAAGCAAUAAGGCAACUUUUCAUUUAAAUGUCGCUCAAUGUACUUUGAUUCUUUGUAAUAGUAAAGCACGAUCUAACUAAUAA